AUGACCCCAGGUGACCCCAUCCCCUCCCCCCAGGCAACCCCAUCCCCCACAGGUGACCUCAGCCUGUUCUCGGCCGUGCGCGAGGAUUUCAAGGCGCUGAAGCCGCUGCUGUGGGACGCGGUGGACGAGGAGAUCUGCCUGGCCGAGUGUGACAUCUACAGCUACAACCCCGACCUGGACUCGGAUCCCUUCGGGGAGGACGGCAGCCUCUGGUCCUUCAAUUAUUUCUUCUACAACAAGAGGCUGAAGAGGAUCGUGUUCUUCACCUGCCGCUCCAUCAGCGGCUACACCUACACCCGGCCGGACACCGGGACCGAGCUGGACAUGGACCUGGGCGACACCGACACCGGCACGGGCGGCAGCGGCGACCCCGAGGGCGGCGGCAUCGAGGGGGACAGGCUGCAGGUGAUGUGCAUGUGAGACUCCCGCCGGGAUCCGAGACACCGGGAACGGAACCGGCAACAGAACCGGCACCGGGAACCGAACC